GUACAUUGUAUUCAUGGAUUCUCUAGCUAUCAUGGUUCAUGUCUAACCUGAACGCUGAGCUUGUAGUAAUUUGGAAGGGGCUAACAGUAGCUAGGGAGAGGGGCUUGCUUUACUGUUGUUAUCUGGGAAACUCAAAUUCGAAGCUUGCUCUCAAGUUGGUCAAUGAUGGAGACCCUUUUCAUACUCAUCCUCUUGCACCUAAUUUGGUCAACAACAUCCAGAGUCUUGUUUCCUUGUACUGUAAUAUUUCUUUCAUUCAUACUUUGAGAUAGAGAGAGAUGAACCCGCUAACACUAGUGAAGCGCACUCAGAACAUCAAUGCCAGAGAAGCUGCACUCGGCAUCGGCGAGCAAGCCUCCUGGCACACCAAGUACAAGGAUUCCGCUUACGUCUUCGUCGGUGGCAUCCCCUUCGAUCUCACCGAGGGUGACCUCCUCGCCGUUUUUGCUCAAUACGGAGAGGUUGUUGAUGUUAACCUAGUUAGGGACAAAGGCACCGGAAAAUCCAAGGGUUUUGCGUUCCUUGCGUAUGAGGAUCAGAGAAGCACGAAUCUUGCUGUGGAUAAUUUGAACGGGGCACAGGUUUUGGGGAGAAUUAUUAGGGUGGACCAUGUUGAUAAGUAUAAGAAGAAGGAGGAGGAGGAUGAAGAGACAGAGCGGCAGAAGAGGGAGGCGCGUGGCGUUUGCCGUGCUUUCCAAAGAGGUGAAUGCACUCGGGGAGCUAGCUGCAAGUUUUCUCAUGAUGAGCAAAGAGCUGCAAAUACAGGUUGGGGUCGUGAGGAAGACAAGCCAAAAUGGGGUCACGACAAAUUUGAGGGUCCCAAAAAAGAGAGAAGAUCUGGCAACAAUCAAUCAAAUCAUAUUCCAGAAACUAGAGACAGAGAUUCACGUACUAGGGCCCGUAACUUUGAUGCUGAAUUAGACAACCAACCUAAGAAAAGUGAUAGAAGAGAGACGGCAAAGCGGUGGCAUGAUAAUAAUGAUGAUAAAUUUGAGGGAAGAGAAAAUAACAGUAGAAGAGAAGAAAAUAGAUCAAGAAGGCAUGAAGAUGAUGACAAAUUUGAGGGGAGAGAAAAUAACAGUAGAAGAGAAGACAAGAGAUCAAGAAGGCAUGAAGAUGAUGACAAAUUUGAGGGGAGAGAAAAUAACAGUAAAAGAGAAGAAAAGAGAUCAAGAAGGCAUGGAGAUGAUGAAUUUGAACACAAGUCAAGAGAAGAUGGGUAUAGGAGAGAAGAAAAAGGAUCAAGAAUGGAUGAUUAUGAUGGUAUGGAGCUUGAGCCAAAAGAUCAACGCAGAAGGGAAGACAAAAGGUCAAUAAAGCCAGAUGAUGUUGAGUUUGAACCAAAGUCAAGAGAUUCUGAUAUAAGGGAAGAUAAAAAAUCCCGUAGGAGGGAUGAUGAUGAUUUUUUAAGCAAGUCCAGAGAACCUCAUAGUAACAGGGAAGACAUGAGAUCAAGAAAGCACGGUGAAGAUGAAUCUGCACCAAAGUCAAGAGAAAAUUAUGCUAGGAAGCAAGAUGAUAGAUCAUAUAGAAAUGAUAGCGGUCGAACAGAGUCAAAAGAAAGAUAUGAUUUUGACAGGAGAGAAGAGAAAAGGCCAAGAAGGUAAGGGCAGUAUCAAGGUCUGGAUAUGGCAUGUCAUUCCUUUGUUAUGGAGAGAAACGAGUAUUAGACUAAGUUGAACAACAUUUGAUAAGCUGAACUGUGAUUCAAAGCUUCUAAUAUUUCCAAGGUCAUUUUGUUUAUCAUGAUCGACACUGCUGAGAGCACUGAAAAUCUUCUUUUUGGCAUGUAUGAUAAAUAUUUUGUUUGGUUCAACGGUCUCCUACUACCAAUGCUAAUGUACCAUGAAUUCUCUAUAUUUGGUGUGUCUAUCAGCUAUGCUAUCUUCCCUAAAGGUAGCAAAAAGCGAAAUGCUUUGGCAUAGCGAAGCUCCCAAUUUUUACGGUGCUGGUCUAAGAUGCAAAAUUUGAUUCCAAGUAUUAUAUUGUAGAACGCUUGGCUCAGUUGGUUGUGGGUAUUUUAUAUUUUCAUUU